CGUUUUCACAACCGAGAUGGACUGGUAUAAGGUCACCGAUACUUUGAACUGCAUGCUGAAGCCUUCUCGAAUUAAUGACGAGAUAAGGAACAUGAAAUACGAAAACGAGUUAAUAUCUCGUUUAUUGCACAAUCAAGAGGUUAUGAAAUUUGUGUCCUACUGGCUGAAAAAUUUGUAUAGCACAAAAAAUGAGAGGAAACAACAGAAGAACUUGGUAAAAUCAACAGCUUUCAAGUUAUCUGGGAACAAAGAGUUUCAAUCGAAAAAAUAUGCAGCGUCACUCGAAUCAUAUACAAAUAGUGCGAUAUAUGCUCCUUCUAGUAGUAUAAAUUUGUCAAUAGCAAUUGCAAAUAGAUCAGCCUCUCUAUUCUACAUGGACAGAUGGCAGGAUUGCAUCAAUGAUAUCAAUUUGGCGAUUAAAUUGGGUUAUCCUGAGAAUUUACGUUACAAACUACAUCUACGUGCAGCUCAGUGUUACCUAAAAUUAGGUAAUAAAACAUCAGCUGUUGAAACUGUCUUACAAAUGCAUAACAUACCGAAUGAGCCUAAUAUAUCAAAUGAAACAAAAGAGCAAUUACAAAAGCAAAUAAAUGACAUAAUGUCGAAAAUAUCAUGUAUGGAAGAAAAUGCAGAUAGUACUACAGAUACUGCAGAAUUUCCCUCAUUACCUGAAGUCGCAUUUGGUGAAAACCCUAAUUUUCGGUUUGCAUCGGCAGCCGUAGAAAUAAAAUGCACUCCAGAAAAAGGAAGAUACGUCGUAACCAAUAGAGAUAUCAAAAGAGGUCAGAUUCUAUUCGUUGAAAAAGCAUUUGCUUUUGUCCCAUUAUGUCACAUUAAAUCUGAUAAUUGUUACAAUUGUUGUCGCUCGUCUGGUAAUACUCCUGUACCAUGUACAGAGUGUGUCGACAGUAUAUAUUGCAAUAUUACUUGUUGGAAUGAAGCACGCUCGUCUUACCAUUGUUGGGAAUGUCUCGGCAAUCAAAUGGGCCUUUGGGCAGAAAUUGGAAUAGCGUAUCUGGCUGUAAGAAUGUUAUUUAAUUGUACAACUGCAACUGAUGAUAACAGACUUAAUGAAGUACAAAAGUUAGUGACAAAUUUUUCCAAACUUCCACCAGGCGAUAUUAUUUCGUAUGGAAUCACAGCAAUUAUGCUUAUGAUGUAUUUAUCAAAGUAUACAGAUUUUUUUAAAACUGUCAAUCUUAAAGAAUGUUUAAAGUUCUAUGAUGAUUUUAAUUGUGACCUCACAACAGAGGAUGAUGAACGAUUGUAUGUAAGUUCUCUAUUAUUGAGAUACAUAUUACAACUUAUUUCUAAUGGACAUGCUAUUACAAAAAUAAAGGCUGUAGUAAAUAAUACAUGCUACAAUAAAAAUAAAGUCUUUACUCAACAAGAAGAUAGAAUAGCUACAGCAAUUUAUCCUUCAGCAAGUAUGAUGAAUCAUUCUUGUGAUCCUAAUAUAAUUAAUAGCUUUUUAGGGCAAUUUUUAAUAACCAAAGCCACACAAGAUAUUGCAGCGGGUGAAGAAGUUUUUAAUUGUUACGGGGCUGACUUUAGAAGAAUGUUGAGAAAAGACAGACAAGAAAAAAUGGAAAGUCAAUACUGCUUCAAAUGCAAUUGUGCAGCGUGCAGUGCACCAGAAUAUGAAGAUAUUUUGAAAAAAUUUACUGCAAAGAAGUGUCCUGAUUGUAGUGGGCCAUUGAAUGAUAAUUGCUCCGUACUAUAUAGAUCUUCUAUGCACUGUAUGGAUUGUGGAGUGGCAGUCUACGAAAAUAUUUAUGAUUUUACGUUGAGACAGGCCCAACAUUAUUUUGAGAAAGCAGAAAUUUGCAUAGAAAAUGAAAAUUAUGACGAAGCAUUAGAUAAAUUGAAAAAAUGUUUGCGUCUUAGAAAAGAUGCAUUAUAUAAAUAUCAUGACGACAUUGCCGACACCAUGGAUUUCAUAGCAAAAGUGUAUGCUAUUAUAGGACAAUGGCUAAAUUCGAUCUCAUAUCUCGAACAUAAUAUCGUAGCGAUUGAAGAAAAAUAUGGCUCUUGGAGCAUUGAAGUUUGUAAUGAAAUAAAUAAAUUAACAGAUAUAUGCCUGGAAUAUUUGCAGGAAGAAACUAAUACAUCAUCAAAAUUUUAUAAAAAUACGUUGAAAAAAACACGGCGAUAUCUAAAUCGUGCUCAAGAAAUUAUUGAUUUUACGUAUGGUCCAUGGAAUGAAGUUUAUCACGAAAUUGCCGUAAAAAAGGAGAUUCUUUCAUCAAUUUUAAAAAAUUUUAACGUCUGAUAUUUGUGC